AUGGUGGAAGUCGCUCCAGCUCCGACUAAAGCUGCCAAGAAGAAGCGGGUGAACAAGCCCAGAACCGGACCCGGACUCAGCGACCGGAUCGUUGCGGUCGUGUCCGCGUCCAAUGAGCGGGGGGGCGUGUCGGGGUCGGCCAUCAAGAAGGCUCUGAUCGCAGGGGGGUAUGACGUGGAGACGAACAACGGCCGUGUUAAACUCGCCCUCAGGAAUCUGGUGCUGAGGGGGACUCUGAUCCAGGCCAGGGGGUCCGGGGCAUCCGGCUCCUUCAAGAUCAGCAAGAAGCCGGCUGAGCCCAGAGCCAAGAGGGGAACCAACAAGACCGUGAAGACCGUGAGGGCAAAGAAACCAGCGACACAGACCAAGAAGCCAGCCGCUAAGAAACCACCGAAGAAGGCGAAGAAACCAGCGGCCAGGAAGACCACCAAGACCCCCAAGACAGGAACCAAGACCCCCAAGACAGGAACCAAGACCCCCAAGACAGGAACCAGGAGAACCAGGAGCCCCAAGACAGGAACCAGGAGCCCCAAGACAGGAACCAAGACCCCCAAGACAGGAACCAGGAGCCCCAAGAUCCCCAAGAAAGUGGCCAGGAAGACCUCUGCAGCCAAGAAGUCACCUGUCAAGAGGGUCUCCAAGCCCAAAACCACCAAGGCAGCACUGAAGAAGAAGUGAGCUGUGAUCACCUGAACAACUAAAGGCUCUUUUAAGAGCCACACAGCUGCUCUGAAAGACUUGAGUCCUGGUUAUCAGUAACAUCAGUCAACACACACAUGCAGGAAAAAAAAAAGGUUUAAUCUCA